UAAAUUGCCAUCUCACAGGAGCAAGAGUGAGAGAAGCAUUAGUAGGAAAGAGAUCAUGCAGUCUUCACUCUCAUUUCCUCAUGCAAGAAGAGGUUUGAACUUUGCGCCCAAACCAAAUCCCAGAACAACCCAUCCACCAUUUCCCAAAUCGCCACUCCUUUUCUUCUCCAAUCCCACCAAUUCUUCAUCAUCUUCACAUCAACUCAGGCUCACAUCACUGUCUCAACCACACCCACCAAGAAAUGAACCCCUUUUCACAACACCCGCUGAGUCCAUUUCAACAAGAAGACGCACCAGGCUGGUCUCUUUUGUUGCUCCACUUCACAGUAGAAUUCCAUUGAAUGGAAAAUCCCAUGGGAGUAGGAGCUUCCGGGGUUGGAUUGAAGUGGUUGGGGAAGCUUUGUCUACUGCAUUUCCUGUAUGGGUGGCACUGGGGUGCCUGCUAGGCCUCAUCAGGCCAAGUUCCUUCAACUGGGUUCAACCCAAAUGGACUGUUCUUGGCAUCACUGUCACCAUGCUUGGCAUGGGCAUGACCCUUACCUUUGAUGAUCUUUGCAAAGCCUUGGCCAUGCCUAAGGAAUUGCUAGCUGGUUUUGUUCUCCAGUACACGGUGAUGCCAUUGUUGGGAUUUGCCGUCAGCAAGCUCUUGAAGUUGCCCUCCUAUUAUGCAGCUGGCCUAAUACUGGUUGGCUGCUGCCCUUGCGGAACUUCAAGUAACAUCGUCACAUACAUUGCACGGGGAAAUGUGGCUCUUUCAGUGCUAAUGACAGCAGCGAGCACUCUAUCUGCUGUGGCCAUCACCCCAUUUCUCACUGCCAAACUUGCUGGACAAUUUGUUGCAGUAGAUGCAGUAGGCCUUCUUGUUUCCACACUGCAGGUUGUGCUUCUUCCUGUUUUGGGUGGUGCGUUCCUUAACCAGUAUUUCCAAGGCCUGGUGAAGCUUGUUUCCCCUGUGAUGCCAACUAUUGCUGUGGUAACAGUAGCUACUCUAUGUGGUAAAGCUAUUGCCCAGAGUGCUUCUGCAAUCCUUGCUUCUGGGCAACAAGUGGUGCUAGCUGCAGCUCUACUUCACACUUUAGGAUUCUUCUUCGGUUAUAUCCUUUCCAGAAUGCUUGGGCUUGAUGUGUCAUCCUCGCGCUCCAUCUCUUUUGAAGUCGGCGUAAAGAACUCAGUGCUUGGAGUAGUUCUUGCUAGUCAGCACUUGGGAAAUCCAUUGACUGCUGUACCAUGUGCCAUUUCGAGCGUCUGCAGCUCAAUCUUUGGAAGUGUCUUAGCAGGAAUUUGGAGGCACACGCCGCCCAUCAAAAUGAACCCAUAAAAAUUUCUGGGAAAACUGUUGAUGUUGUGGACUUUUCUCCUUGUAACUCUUCACCCCACCAACAUUGCACUUAUUUUCUGAGCCAUCAAUAAAAUGACAUAAAUGACCUAUUUGAAAUUUUAGUA